CCACACAGUCACCGUUCUGGGCCGGUUGAUCUUUCCGCCAGGAGCGCCCAUGGCUGCGCGGCGAACCCGGCUUCGCGACCGCGUUUUGGCUCUGCGCUGCGUCAGCGUCGGCCCCGCCCCUCAGCCUCCAUGAGCCAAUCGCAGCUCGGAGGCGGGUCCUGAGGCUAUAUAAAUGCGCUCUGCGUUCGUACUGGUCUUUUGGGGGACGGCGAAAGAAGAGGUACGUCUUGUGAUUGCGGAGCCGGUUGCUGGGUUGGGGGUUCUGGACGAGGCCUGCGCACCCUCCUUUUCUUGGCGGGGGUCGGGUGUGCGGUCCCGGUCCCCGUAAUGUACGGAGGCAGAGGGAAAGGGCUCCGGCCCCCUCGGCGUCAUGUCUUCGGUGCCCGCGGCUUCCAGUCCGCCGGUUCUAUCCUCAAGCGCCGGGACACGGGCUCUGAGAAGCGUGGCGGAACCAAGGUUCUGCAGGCUCCUCCCUGUUGCGCUCACGCCUUCUGCUUUGAUUUCAGGUCUUUGGAACCGCCCCUGGAGCCGGAGCUGUCGUGUUCCCCCUCCUCUUUCACUGCCCGUUGCAAACAAUAAAGGCCGUUCGUACCCUAGUAGGUCUUUUCUCUUGGACCUCAGGCUCCUGCGGGAGUGCGGGCGACAUUUCGCGGAACGUUUUCUGGCCGACUUUGAAGGGAUCUCCAGAUGGCCGCGCUGCGCCGAACCCUCCACGUGGUGACCCUGGCGACUGGGGCGUGCCGCGCUUUGGCGGGCUCCCUGGCUGGUAGCUGCCUGGCCGACCGUAGCCUCUGGGAUAAGCUCCAUGCCGAUACCCGUCUGGGCAGCGUCCCCACGUUCGACUGGUUCUUUGGGUACGAGGAAGCCCAGGGGUUGCUCCUGCCGCUGCUGCAGGAGGCACAGGCUGCCUGCCCACUGCGGGUGUUGGACGUGGGCUGUGGGACCUCCAGCCUGUGUACCGGCCUCUACACCAAGUGCCCACAUCCCGUGGAUGUGCUGGGGGUGAACUUCUCUCCUGUGGCUGUAGCCCACAUGAAGAAUCUUCUGGAAGGUGGCGAAGGCCAAACACCCCUGUGCCCUGGGCACCCUGCCUCCCGACUCCACUUCAUGCAGGCUGAUGCCCAGAACCUGGAGCCAGUGGCUUCCUCGGGCUCCUUCCAGCUAGUGCUGGAUAAGGGCACCUGGGAUGCUGUUGCCCGGGGUGGUCGCCCCGGGGCUUACCAGCUUCUGUCUGAGUGCCUCAGGGUCCUAAGCCCCCAGGGGACCCUGAUUCAGUUCUCAGACGAGGACCCUGAUGUGCGGCUGCCCUGCCUGGAGCAAGGGUCCCCAGGCUGGACUGUGACUGUGCAGGAGCUAGGCCCUUUCAAGGGCAUCACCUACUUUGCUUACUUGGUUCAAGGCUCUCAUUAAAGACUUCAGUCCUGACCUGAAUUUUUCUGUUGGGUGAGGAGAGCGGUGGAUAUAGCUUUUCAACUUUGUAAGAUAGCUGGGAAGUGAGGAUUUGAGGCCUGGUCUCCACAUUUACUAGCUCAGUGCGCAGAGUAUUGAAUGUUCCGAGACCCGGUUCAUGCACUGGCAGCAGGGUAGGAAUAAUAUCCGGAAUUAGGGGAUUACAUAUGAUGGUGAAACGUGGAGCAUUUAGCAAUGCCAGGCACGAGAGGGAUGCUAAAUAGAGAAGGUGCAGUGGUUCCUUCCCCAGCCCCAAUGAACUGGAACUCCUAAAAACACAGGAGUUUUGUUUGUUUUUAGAUUUAUUUUUGAGAGAGAGAGCAGAUGGGAGGGGCAGAGGGAGAAUCCUAGGCAGUCUCCAUGCCCAGCGUGGAGCCCAAAUCAGGGCUCCAUCCUAUGACCCUGAGAUUGUGACCUGAGCCGAAACCAAGAGUAGGGUGCUUGACCGACUGAGCCACCCAGGUGCCCCUGUUAGAGGAGUUUUUAAUAGAGGAGUUCUUAAUCCAAAUCCCAGUAUUGACUGACUUGUGUGGGCCGGCAGCCUCACCUCUAAGCCUCUUGUCCUCACCUGUAGAAUGGCAAGACUGAAAGAACUGAUAGAUGGGCCUCAUAACAAACCACGGAAAUAUUGAGGGAGACAGAUACUUACCCUCAAAGCUCCUGGGAGGCAGGAGAUGCGAAUAUUCCACAAAACAGCUUCUACAAACACGGGAGCCUGCUGCUGGGUUCCAGAGAGGACAGGGGUUGGAGGCUUCCUGAUACUCUGUGUCCCCAGGAAUCCAGGAGACCUCUUGUUCUCCCUGUUCCUGCCCCCAGCCGAGUUCUGGGUUAAAGGUUCUUAAGGGAGAUCUGGGGUCCAGUGGGCUCCAAGUCCAGCCUGGGGGAGAGAGGAGUUGAAGAGCCCAUUAAGAAUGAAAAAUAUUCCUGAUCUAUUAUUGACUUCCAGAAAGAUGAAACAAAUUUGUGUAUUUUUUUUCUUAUUACAAAAGUAAUACAGCAAUUAUAAUUAAGAGGCUAAUUUCAGGGGCGCCUGGGUGGCUCAGUCCGUUAAGUGUCUGCCUUUGGCUCAGGUCGUGAUACCAGGGUCCUGAGAUCGAG